UUUUUUUUUUUUUUUGACUGAACCAUGACUGCUGAACAAGUUGGUGAUAACCAAUCAUGUUUACAAGGAGUCUAUGUGCUGUCACGUCCUUUGAGACUGUUUACUACAGAAAUUGCGCAAACUAACAGCAGCCGAGGAACUGAUUCUGGAGCGCAGUGACAGUGUGAUGGUGACCGGUUGAGCACAGGGAUGUGACUGGACCAGUAAAGAUGACCCUGAUGGGUGAUGGCUCCGACUACGACUACAGCGCUCUGAGCUGCGCCUCUGAUUCCUCCUUCAACCCACCUCCCCUACAAGAAGAGGAGGCUCAAAAGGGGGCCUUCUACAAGAGGGCUCAGCGGGCCCCCGAGCUCAGCUCCCUCCAUGACGACGCCCUACUGUCCGGCGCCCGUAAACUCCACGCCAUCAUCAAUGUGGGUGGCCUGCGUUACCAGCUGCCCUGGACCACCUUAGAGGACUUCCCCCUGUCCCGUCUGGGCCAGCUGCACCUCUGCAGCAGCUUUGACGAGAUCAUGGGUAUUUGUGACGACUAUGACGUCACACACAAUGAGUUCUUCUUCGACCGCAGCCCCAGUGCCUUCCGCACCAUCCUGACCUUCCUGCGAGCGGGGAAGCUGCGGUCCCUCAGGGAGAUGUGCGCCCUCUCCUUCAGGGAAGAGCUGCUCUACUGGGGGGUCCCUGAGGAGAGCCUGGAGUGGUGCUGUCGCCGGCGUCUGCUGCAGCGCGUGGAGGAGUUUGAAGCGAUGGAGAGAGCGGAGGAGGAGGAGGAACUCCUGGAGGAUCUGCUGGAUUCAGACAGUGCACACAGGGAGAAUGCAGCAGAGUCCAGACUCAAUCGGUGCAUGGGCAAGCUAAGAGACAUGGUGGAGAGGCCUCACUCGGGCCUGCCGGGGAAGAUCUUUGCCUGUUUGUCAGUGAUGUUUGUCACCAUCACUGCCGUCAACCUCUCCAUCAGCACCAUGCCUGCCAUGAGGGAAGAGGAGGAGGCGGGCAAGUGUUCCCAGAUGUGCUACAACAUCUUCAUAGUGGAGACGGUGUGCGUGGCCUGGUUCUCCCUGGAGUUCACCCUGCGCUUCAUUCAAGACCGCAGCAAGCUGGCCUUCCUCAGGCAGCCGCUGAACAUGAUAGACGUGGUGGCCAUCCUGCCGUACUACAUCACCCUGGUGGUGGACAGCACCUCCAAAGGAGAGAAGCGCCUGGGCUCCGGCAACAGCUACUUGGACAAAGUGGGCUUGGUGCUGCGGGUCCUGAGGGCCCUGCGUAUCCUCUAUGUGAUGCGGCUGGCUCGCCAUUCGCUGGGCCUGCAGACUCUUGGCCUGACAGCACGCCGCUGCACACGGGAGUUUGGACUGCUCCUCCUCUUCCUGUGCGUUGCCAUAGCACUGUAUUCCCCCUUGCUUUACUUGAUUGAGAAUGAGAUGGCUGCCACACAGGAGUUCACCAGCAUCCCUGCUACCUACUGGUGGGCCGUCAUCACCAUGACAACAGUGGGCUAUGGGGACAUGGUGCCAAGGAGCAUCCCAGGACAGGUGGUGGCUCUGAGCAGCAUCCUGAGCGGGAUCCUCCUCAUGGCCUUCCCCGUCACCUCCAUCUUCCACACCUUCUCGCGGUCCUACGUGGAGCUGAAGCAGGAGCAGCAGAGGGUGCUGCAGAGGAGGACACACUUUCUGCUGCGGAGCCGCAUGGCCGGCCUCGGCAGCAACCUCUCUUUAGAGAGUGACAUGCUCUUCCCCAUAGGGUCGACGAACAAAAGAGACCUGAACGACUGACACUGUCAGACAGGGAAGGACAUAAAAACUGGGAUUUGGACAUAAAAAGAAGAGGAGGGCGGCUACAAAAAAAACUGGGGGUGUGAAGAGGAGAGAGAGAGGGGGACUGAAAAAUAAAGUACAGGAGUGAGAGUUAGGAAAUCUAUUUAGAAGGGAGGAGAGAGAACUCUUUAUAAACGAGAUACAGUUUUCUUCCCAGAAAUGCAGCCGUGCUGUGUAGCAGUGUACUUUAGGAUCAACAUAAUGAACACGGGGGAAGAGGAUGAGAAGAAUAUUAUGAAAAAAUAUAUAUAUUAUUAAGUAUUUAAUUAAUGUUUCCCUUCAAAAGAUUUACAAUUGGUUAAUGAUUUUAAAGGUUAAUGAAACAUUCUUACAUGGUCACAGAAUAUCAAAUAGAAGUCCAAUUUACUGAAAAAAACACAGUAAACCAGAAAGAAUCGAGCACAACAUGAUGAAAUUCUGACAUUUUAAGUGUGCAUUUGACAAAAGAAAUAACUUUAGAGCGUAGUGUACUUAUGAUUCUCAUCUCUGAUUUCUGCAGACAUUUUAAUGGAUUUGUUGAUGUCAUGUGCUCCUAACCAGUGUGACGUCAUGGAAGAUGCUCUCUGCUUUUGUUAAGUCCCAAAAAUGAAAUACUAAAGUGUGACCCUCAGUCCAUUGAUUAUUUCCUGAUUGACC